AUGGGAACUUUUACUUUAUCAUAUACCCUUAGAAACGUUUUUAUUAAACACAAAGAUCAAUGGAUUAUUUUUGCUAUGUGUUGUUAUUUUGGUAGUUGUUAUGAAAGGCAAUGCUAUCAUAAAGCCAGUAUGAUGAAAGGCCAUAGUAAGAUGUUUGAACAUGUAUCUUCUGCCAUUCCAAGAAACAUUGAUCCAUGGAAAUAUUAA